UUAAAAAGGAUGGCUGCCAUUGCUCUAUCUUUUUAUCUCGAGGAUUUAGCCAUUCUGGCUCCAUAACCCCUUCGCAUAAAAAUGGCAGUGAGUUUGAGUCUUGUUUCCGCAUUCAAAGGACUCUCCUUAUCUUCCAAUUCUUUCCUCGGGGUUUCUCUUCCCGUUGCCCCUAAGUUCUCCGUUUCCUUCCCGCUGAAAUCUCCAUUGACAAUUGAGUCUGCCCACAAGAAAGGAGCAGGUAGCACUAAGAAUGGUCGAGAUUCUCCUGGACAGAGGCUUGGUGUCAAGAUUUUUGGUGACCAAGUCGCCAAGCCCGGUUCUAUAAUCGUUCGCCAGCGCGGUACAAAGUUCCACCCAGGAAAGAAUGUUGGACUUGGUAAGGAUCACACAAUAUUUUCUUUGAUUGAUGGACUAGUCAAAUUUGAGAAGUUUGGGCCUGACAGAAAAAAGAUAAGCGUUUAUCCACGUGAAGUACAACCUGAAAACCCCAACAGCUAUAGAAACCGAAAGAGAGAGUCCUUCAGAUUACAACGUGAACGUAGAAAGGCACGAAGAGAAGGUGUCAUCCUUCAGCCUCAGUUAGUAGUUGCUUCUGUUGCUGAAUCCUCGGAGGAUAAUCCCACCACCACGUGCUGAUAAUGGUGUUUCGGUUUUUUAAACAUUCUGUCGUUGUUUUGGUUAUUGUUAGUAGUCACUUGGGUACACAUGCAGGCACAUUUUCUAAAUUGUGCCUCUGUCAUUGUUGUCUUUUGUUUGUAAAUUGCAUUCCUGGAAACAUGUCCUUGUCACAGAUUGUAUUAGUACAUAAUGAAAUGUAAGAUUUGGAUUCUUGUCA